CUGUCAAAAACCAAAACCUGUCGGAAAAAAAAUUUCCAAUCUUGAAAACCCAAAAAGCCCAGAAUAACGAACGCCGGCACCAUGGCAUUGCCCCUCAAAAGUGGCAGCUAACUUCCUUUAGGCAGACCCUUCUUGCGAUGCAAUAUAUAUAAAAAAAAAAAAAAAUUGCAGAACAAUUCAUGCAGUAUAACCCACCAGGGCCAAAGCCACGAUACCCGAACUGACACGUUUUCUAACCAAUCCUUUGACAUUGAAUACCCAAAAUUUCCCCUUCAAUCCUACAAUCUUCAUGCUUUUCACUCGUCAAUUCUUUGUUUGAGUAUUUCCACUGUGUUUUUUUUGUGACUUCUCAGCUGUUCCAUAGGUGGGUCCAGCUCUUUCGGAUCUGAUUUACACCUUUUGUUUUUCUAUCAUUUCCAAUGUUUAUUUAGCUGCUGGGAUUGAUAUCUUUUAUGGGUAUUGAUUAAAAUGGAAAUUGCUAGCGUUACUUCUCCACGAAUGAGAUUAGAUCACUUAGAAAAAGAAGGAUUUAAGGAAACUCAAGGAGAAAAUUUUGAGCUAGAAUCAUCCCAUAUUGUUAGUGAUCAUGACCACCAAUUCCAUUCAAUGAAUGCAUUAGAGAUCUUAAGAGAAACCGUUAAGAUUUUGCGGUACAAUUCGUUCGGUUUUAUGAUCAUCGCAGCUUUGUUAAUUUGCCCAGUAUCUGCAGUCCUUAUGUCUAAUUUGUUAGUUGAUCAAUCCAUUGUGAAGAGAUUGACUGUUAGGCUUUUGUUAGUUGCCAAAACCAGUGGACUUCCUUUGAGACCUUUUAUCAAACAGCCAUGCCAACGUUUUGCUGAGACGGCUGUUUCCUCAGCAAUGUGCUUCCCUUUGUUCAUCACAUUGUCUUUGUUAUCAAAGGCCGCAGUGGUUUAUUGUGUAGAUUGUACUUAUUCGAGGAAAACAGCUGAUAUUUCAACGUUUUUUGUGAUAAUUCGAAAGUUUUGGAGGCGGCUUUUUUCUACGUAUGUGUGGAUGUGUAUGGUAAUUGUUGGUUGUGUAACAACUUUCUGUGUUUUUCUUGUUGCGGCAUGUAGUGUACUUUCUGUUAUUGGGUUUACGCCUGAUUUAAUUGUCUUUGCGGUGAUAAUGAUGGGGCUAGUAUUCUCAGUUGUUUUUGCGAAUGCUAUUGUUGUCUGCAAUAUUGGGAUCGUAAUCUGUGUUUUGGAGAAAGUUUCAGGACCACAGGCAUUGCUUCGAGCUGGUGUUCUAAUCAAAGGGCAGACUCAGGUUGGUCUUUUGAUAUUUCUUGGAUCUACAAUUGGGUUGGCAUUUGUGGAGGGGUUGUUUGAACAUAGGGUAAAGACGUUGAGCUAUGGAGAUGGGUCUUCUAGGAUCUGGGAAGGGCCUCUGUUGGUGAUAAUGUAUUCGUUCGUGGUGCUUGUUGAUUCCAUGAUGAGUACUGUUUUCUAUUUCAGUUGCAGAUCUUAUACUAUGGAAGCCUCAGCCGGUGAAUGUCAAUCAAUUCUGGAAACCAUAACUGCUUCUGCUGAAUCAUUGGGUGUUCAAUGACAUCAUCGUGUACAUUGUUAUGCUAUCGGCUAAUAUUUAUCGAGUUCAUAACAUGAAGAUGGAACUGCCAUGCGAUCAGAUGUGGUUGCCAGUUCCAUUCUUGGAGUACUGAUGAGGAUUAUUUGUUGUUGUUUCGUCAAAACUCCAGCAAGAAGGGUCUGCAGCUCAUGGCUGCUAAAGAUGAUUCUCUCAACUCUUCCAAAGUUAUUCAUGGCUCAGGUGCACACAAUUUCUUGUGAUCUACCAGUCAUAGAAUGAAAGAAUAGAUAUACAAUAAUUUGAUUCAACUUUAAAUGCAUAAAAAUAUUCAUCAACCACAUAAGAUAGAAUCUUUGAUUUAAAUGGUUCCAUUUCAAGUGGUUGGACCUUUUCAUGUUCCUUAUUCUAUCCUUGUACUUCCUUUUGUAUUCUUUAGUGCUUAAUAUAAUAGUAAAAACAGUGCUUGGAGUAUUAAUUGAUCUUAAGAAUGAUAUUGAGCAUUGACAAUGAAUUGGUGUGGAAAGUAUGUUUGUGGAUAGUGAAAGCAUUAAAAUU